AUGAGCGCUUUGGUAAACUCUAAUUUCGAAGAAGAGGUUGGCGAGUAUGUGAGCCGGGCAAAGUUUAGAAAACGAAUUCGUUCCUGGCUGUCAACGUCCAAAGAAGACUGGGCAGGCGCUUCAGGAUGCGAGAAGCACACAGCUAAAGAAGUCAGCUAUGACACAGAGCAGCUCGAUUUCCUACUGCGUCUCAGCGGGUUGCAGGAGACGCAGGAAGACCCCAGGCGGGAUAGUUUAUCUCUGACAUCGGCCGAAAAGCUCUGCAGCUCAGUGCUAAGUUCUGGAGAUGAGGCAGAACCAACAACCCGCAGGGGAAGAAUUUUGCAAUUUUACAGGAAGCUCAAAAGCUCAUUUCACAGGCCGAGCGCUGGAUCAUUGCCUGGGCUCCGCGAAAAACACGCCAGCAAACCGUGGAUUAACUUGCAGGAGGGAGAAGCAAACUUCCCUGAGCUGCCACAAUCAAAAACUGAUGGUGCGGGCUUGUCAGACUUUGUUUCGCCCCCCUGUCUGUCUCAUGAUCAGAUGUGCACUGAUGUUGCAGUGACACGGCUCUCGCUUGAGCAAUGGUCCCUUCGCGAUAGUUAG